AUGUCCCCCGUGCGAACCAGAGCUGCAGCAUCUGAUCGCGGCACUGCUCAAGCCCCAAAACAUGAUCUAGGCUCCAGCCACGGCAGCUCGCAGAAGGCCGCGAAAACCGACAGCCGCGGUGAUGGAAAGGCUGAGAGCGCUGCCUCACUUUCCAAAUCAGCUUCCAAGGCAGACACAAAAGACAAGCAGCCGUCGCAGAAAGCGGAGGACAACACCGCUCCAGAGGUAGUCGAGACGGGCAUCUUGAACUACUUCAUUCGAGGACGAGUCGAGAUUGAGGAGCCCAAGUCGUUGGACGAGAUUGCUCGCGGGUACUUGGUCAUGCGCCCGCUCCCCGACGACAUCGAUCUCUCUCAGCGCCCGCUCCCCAAGUCCCUCGCUGCGCGGCUGCUUGCCUUGCCCAAGAAGCAACUGCCACGGUCUACCAGCGACCGCUUCAUGGCGUUUGUGGAUGAGACGGGCAUGCCCUAUCCUGAGCUUGCAGAGGGCUUCCUCGCGCCCCGGGAAUACGCGACCAAGACAAAGGGGAUGCGCCAUGUGCCCAGCGCCACACCGGUCGGAGAGGGCGUAUAUGCCAUCGUUCGGGCGCAAAAGGAGACGCACUUUGCCUAUGCUGCUACGCUUCCCGAAGAGAAGCGAGAGUUUCAGCGUGAUCUCGGCUUUCGCGAUCGUGGCAGCUUCAUCAUGAGCAGCAAGAAUCCCAAGUUUUCGGGGCCUGCCUCCGCACGACUACCCUCGCCACCCGAAUAUCCCAAAGAUAUUUUAGAAGAAUUUGGCUCACACCGUUGGGUUCCUACGAAGCCGGAGCAUUUGGACUACAAGAAUACGCAGCUUCUUCUCAUUGGGCAGGGCGAGAAGCCUCAAUUGACCACUGGCGAUGUGGAAGGUCAGGCCAAGGUCGAAGAUGAAAUGGAAGUAUUGAUGGAAGAGGAUCUCAAGGGCAUGCAACAUUUGUCGAGCAACGAGUCAGAAGCGAUUUUUGCAGACUUGCAUGCCAAGUCCGAGUGGUUUCACAACAUUCCGGAAUCAUUCGGCAAAUCAUCAUGCGUCUAG